AUGAAUAAGAAACACGCCAUGCAUGAUAUGACACCGUGGACGGAGAGUUGAUGUAUUAUUUAGUGUGUUAGCUUAGUGUAGCCUUUUGUGACCGUGUUUACACAUAGCUAGCUCCAGUUAGCUAAUGUAAAUUAGCAAAAUGGACCUUGGAACAAUGUUGUACAACAAUUUGAAAGAUGUUACAUGGAGUACGACGUCCUUACCAUUAGAUCAACUCGUCAGUGCUUAUAAGUUGCCUCAAAUUGUCAAGCUGGACAACGGUCAGUUGGUUGAAGGGCUCAGAGACAAUGACUACCUCUUGAUUCAUUCCUGCCGUCAGUGGACAACUAUUACUGCUCACAGUCUGGAGGAGGGACACUAUGUCAUUGGGCCCAAAAUAGAGAUCCCAGUUCACUAUGAAGGUCAGUUCAAGUUGCUGGAGCAGGACAGAGAUGUCAAAGAGCCUGUGCAGUACUUCAACAGCGUGGAAGAGGUGGCCAAAGCAUUUCCUGAAAGGGUAUAUGUCAUGGAGGAAAUCACAUUCAAUGUUAAGAUGGCUUCAGGGGAAUGCAAUGAAGACACAGAAGUUUACAACAUUACGCUAAACACUGGUGAUGAACUGACAUUAAUGGGCCAAGCUGAGAUCCUCUAUGCCAAAAGCUCCAAAGAAAAAUCGAGAUUCAACACCAUUUUUAAGAAGAUUGGGAAGCUGAACUCCAUCAGUAAGAUCGGUCGAGGCAAGAUGCCUUGCUUGAUUUGCAUGAACCAUCGCACCAAUGAGAGCAUCAGCCUGCCAUUCCAGUGUAAAGGCAGGUUCAGCACCUGCAGUCCACUAGAGCUUCAGAUGCAAGACGGCGAGCACAACAUCAGGAACAUCGUGGAGAAAACCCGUCUCCCAGUUAAUGUGACAGUACCCAGUACCCCACCGCGCAACCAGUAUGACCUCCACCUCAUUAGGGAGGGUCAUCGCUACAAAUUGGUCAACAUUCAGACAAAAACAGUGGUUGUGUGCUGCAUUCUGCGAAGCAACAAAAUUAUCCCCAUCCAUUUUCCUUUUCAUAUGGCCAUGCCAAGAUUUAUUGUUCCAGAGGAACUGCUGCAAGGAGAGUUGUGGUUAGAUACUAUGGUGCAUCGCUGGUUUGCGUUCUGCCAGGAGCAGUUUGACAUUGAUGACUAUUCUCGUGCUGUCCGGGAUGUACGAACAGACUGGAAUGAAGAUGGCAAAAGCCCCAAAAAAAGCAGUGGAAAUGGUAAUUGUAGCAGCGUGGGAAGCGGGACCUCAAGCGGGUGUCCCAAUCAUAUGCAAAUUCCCAGCUCUUUGACUUACGCCCGAGAUGAACUCACCCAGUCCUUCCACCGACUGUCUGUGUGUGUGUAUGGCAGCAACCUGCACGGUAACAGUGAGGUCAACUUGCAGGGCUGUAUGACACUAUGUGGAGAUUGGGCUCUUCUGCCUUCUGAUACUCAUCCGUCAGAAGAGAAUGAACACUUUUUCCCAGAGUUGCUGGACUGCACAAACCAACAACCAACGCUCAACAAGCUGGACGUUCCCUAUGAGGAGCUGUGGUUGGAUCACUUGAGAAGUCAGAUCCCAAAACCCUCUCAAAGUGAAGGAAUACGAGGCAUCAGCAGUGACUGUGCUACAACAGCUGCACUGACAUACCCAGUCACUUGUCCUCUGGGUGCAAUAACCAGCUCUGAUGUGCCUCUUACUCCUCCACCUGUCCCACCCAAGUCUGAAGCUGUGAAGGAAGAAUGUCGUCUUUUGAAUGCACCACCGAUCCCACCACGAGGUCUGAAACAGAUGCCAUCAGUGCCUGUCCUGUUGAAGCCACGACAGCAAGACACUCGGUCUCCAAGUCCAACCCUCUCCUAUUAUUCUUCUGGUCUCCACAACAUUAGUGGAACAAGUGAACAAGAGGGAGCUGACCCACAAGAACAAAGCCACGUAUGCUACCCUUGCAGCUGGACUAAUUCCAGCAGCACUGAACCGAAGGCUACUUCACCAAGUGGUAGCUUGCUGUCAGACGGGGUUUCCUCACGGUUGUCUUGGCCAAACAAUUUCAGUGGAGGAGAAUCGCGAUGCAUGGAGGAGUUUCUGCCUACAAGCUGUCGAAGUUACUACAGUUACCCCAGAAAGAGAACCCCAAGCACCCCAAAAACCUGUACAACCAGCCUUCUUGACUUUGAUGGCAGAGAGUAUGCACACCGCAGUAAGGACUUUGACUCGCCGAAAGCAUCUCUGAAUCCGUUCUGCAACAAAUCUUCGAGCUGCAGUUCAGAAAUGUACAGUGACAAGCUAAUACACGCAUCUAACGCCCAGCAGAGCCUCUCCUGCCCAAUCUUACCACCAAGAACACCAAAAUCUAAUGCCAUAAAGAAGUGCACAGAUGUACUGUCAGAGUCAGUCUGCGACAGUAAGCCAGAAACUUUGAAUUCCUCACACGAGCAGGGCACAAAAGAGAUAUAUUCCAUCUCAAACUCUCUAACACUGAACUGUCCAUCCUUUUCGCACACUACACAGUGGCAGCCACCAUCCAGCUUGGCUGGCCUUUCUAUUGAAGAGGUCUCCAAGUGUCUGAAGUUUAUCGGCCUGCCAGAUGACAUUGUUUCUCUUUUUGUGUCGGAGAAGAUCGAUGGGAAUCUUCUCCUGCAGCUCACUGAGGAGAUUUUGUCUGAGGACUUCAAGCUAAGCAAACUGCAGGUGAAAAAACUCAUGCAGUUCAUAAAUGGGUGGAGACCCAAGAUAUAACAGUAUGUAACACUAAAUCCUGUAAAGCUGAGAAUGUCAUGCCUUCAGUAUGUACGCUAUGCACAUCAAGCCACAAAUAGUUUCUUUUUGUAUAAUAUGGACCUAUUUCUUUGUUACUACGUGGUGGGGAAGACAAGUGGGUAAUAUUUCCCAGCCCACUAAAAGUCUGUAACUGCUAUUUGCUAACUGAAUGGGAUCAUUUGGCACUUUCACUCUUUUUCUCCCUCAGCCCACUGGUGUUCAUGUCAUUGCACAAAUACUAAUUUAAGCCAAUGAAUUGAAAGACAUCAGCAUUAUCAUUUUAAUUGGGAAGCUACUUGAAGACAACGCUGUCUUUUCUUAAAGAAGAGUCUCACAAUUCUGCUGCGAUUAGCUGGAUGUUUAAAAGAGCACAAAUUAGAAAAUAUUUGAUCCACGGAUGCUUUUAAGAAAAAAGGAAAAAAAAAAAUGUAAAAUUGGCUGCAUUUAGUAAAUAUAAUAUAUAAGUUGUUUUUGCAUAGUUUAUGCAUUCACUGCUCUUUUGAGGUCAGCGAAGUGUUAAAGAAAGCUACUAAGCUAAAGACCCAGCCCACUGCCAACAAGUAUUAGGAGAUAAUUGUUCUAUGUGAAAAAAAACUAGCUCCAAGUUGUACACUUGGAGUUUUUCAUUUUUAAAUGGCUACAAAAAGUAAAUGAAAAUCAUGUCCUUAACCAUGCGGUGUCACACUGAUGUACAGUUUCUCCAAAAUGGAAUAUAAAAGCGACACAUGGGAUCUGAAUGUGAUUUGAUUUUCCAUGUCUAAAUGGAAUGUAACGAAUUCAAAAGGAAAAAUCAGCUUUUGGAGAAGUGUGCAUCAAUUUGGUGUCAGGUGAAAGGAUGCUGGUUUACUGUCUAACUCUGGAAGAUUAAUUAUUACAUGCAGUCAAUCCAGCAGGGUUUUGUUUGUCAUUAGAAAUUGCUUCCCCUUAAUAUAACUGCUGACAACAGUUAGCCAGCUCAAGCGAUUGUAAUGUGCAGUAAGGUUUAGCAGUGACAUUUCUUAUGCAAGAGCUCUUCUUUUGUACUUUUUUUGUGUACUAUUUUUGAACUCUACUUACUGUAACCUUAAAUGUCUCAGCUAAAUAUAACUUUGGGCUAUUUGUAUCUGAAAAAGAAUUACUCAUGACCUAACCAAAUUAUGUCCUUACUUUAAAACUAACAUGGAAGAUAACCAAAAGAUCUUAACACCCAGUAUGAAUUACAAAUUAAAUGCAUCAUGCACUUUGGUAGAUUUCAUAUUAAAUGAUUGCAGUUAAGGUCGUUAAAUAUAAAUGAUAAGAGUGUUUAUGUAGGGAGUGAAUGCACUACAUUUUUCUGAAUUGCAAGGGUACUCAUUUGUCUUCACUGUAUGUAUUGGUAAUUGUUACCUACAAUACUUGCAAGAAACAAGUAAUAGUUUUUUUCUGCGCCUUAACCCGGAGACCUUAAACUAUUUGAUAUUUCGCUUUGGCUUAACAUUUUCUUUUUGUCAGAGAAUAUACACUAACAACUGGUAUCUGUCCAGACCCCAGAGGCAUGUAAGCUAAACUUGAAAAUGAUCUAUUAUAAUGAAAUAUUUGUGUGUAUUAGUAACACAAUUUUUUUUAUACCCUUGAUUCAGAAUUGAGUAAUUUAUGCAGUAAUUUAACAUAAUGCAGAAUAUGCAGAAGAGUUAUUCUCAGACCAUUCUUGUGGCUGAUAGAUGAAGGUGCCUCAGCAGUAACAGCCUUUCUACAACUCGGGUCUGGUCUGUCGGCCAACAGCUGUUUUGUUUUUCGUCCACCCAACAGUUUUUAUAGUGGGGUGUCACAUAUUUGACUUGAUAUUUUUUUAUUUUGUAUGUAAGUGCAAAUUGAAUAUAAUUUUUUAGAUAAAAUGAUUACUAAUGUUGAGAUUAUUUUUAUUGAGAAAAAGCUUAUGUUCAAAUUUCAGUUUUCUUUUGGGGUUUUCUUUUUUGUUUUUUAUAGUUCUGUAAAAUGUGGGUUCUACUUGGGUUUAUAAAUUCAUGCAUUAAAAUAACACUUGGUCACAGUGGGAAAAAAUACCUACAAAUCUCUUUCACACUACAUGGACAGUGACCAAAAGAUAAUGUCUCAGUAUCACUGUUGUUAUGGAAAAUUACUUAUGUCCCCAGAAACUCUUGUUAUAUAGUAUAAACAUCUCAUGCAAUAGCCAUGGCAUUCCAAAGAGACCUGUAAAGGAACUAGGAAGCAGUGGAGGAUUAUGCGUAUUGAAAAUCCCACAGUGUUCAUUUCUGAAAAUUGCAUGCCAAAGAAAUUAUUCCAAGCCAGUAAUUUAAAUUGAAUAAUUCUGAGAUAUGAACUGUGAGCACACUACAACAACCAGCCCUGUCCCACUAAUCCACCAUUGUGAUGCAGUCAGUACCAAAGCGUAUUAUGUGUUGGUAACAUUUAAUGUUCUGGAUCACUGGCUGGAUGAAAUGUUGCCAUUUUUAGUGCAAGAAGAAGGUAAAAGACUGUGACACUGGGUUUGACAGCAUUACUUAAAUGUUGAGUUAUGAAUAUUUGUCUUUCAUUUUGAACUGUUUCCCCUUUUGCAUUGUAUCGUCUAUUAAACAUGGAUU